CAUCCGGAAGUGAGACCAGUAAAGAAACGGUCGCUGCUCUACAUCUUACACACACUAGCUUUUUAGUGUUAGUUACAAAUCUGGCCACCUGUAAAACUUGUUUCACCCGCCACCAUGUCCGCGUUGUGCUAUAAUAAGGGAUGUGGGCAGCGAUUUGAUCCGGAAAAUAACCCAGACGAUGGCUGCACCUAUCACCCAGGAGUCCCAGUAUUCCACGAUGCAUUGAAGGGAUGGUCCUGCUGCAAGAGAAGAACUACAGACUUCUCAGACUUCCUCAGCAUUGCUGGCUGUACAAAAGGCCCCCACAACAAGGAGAAGCCCCCUGAGCCGGUGAAACCAGAUGUGACCUCAUCAGGAGGAAAGAAAGACGCAGAUGACCAAAAACCAAAGUUUAACGAGUACAUCAUCUCCGCACCUAAACCCCAGGAGGCCAUACGCAGGCCCAGUGCUGAUGAGCCGUUAGUGAGAAUGCAGCAUAAAGUCUCUGCUUCUCUGAGGCAGGCUCUGGAGAAACUGAAGCUAUCUGAAAAUGCGGCUGAGAAGAAUGAGGAAGAUAGUGACGAGAUCAAGAUAGGAACAUCCUGUAAAAAUGGAGGAUGUACAAAAAGUUUUGAAGGACCUGUAAGCGAUUCAGAUGUGUGCUCAUACCACCCUGGAUUUCCUAUCUUCCAUGAAGGGAUGAAAUACUGGAGCUGCUGUAAGAGGAAAACCUCCGACUUUAACACCUUCCUCUCUCAAGAGGGCUGCGCAAAGGGAACACAUCUGUGGAAGAAGAAAGAUGCGGGUAAGAAAGUGGUUCCAUGUCGGUUUGACUGGCACCAGACCGGGGCGCAGGUCAUCAUCUCUAUCUACGCCAAGAACGCCGUCCCAGAGCUGAGCUACGUGGAUGCAAACAGCACCAUGCUCAACAUCCACGUUAUAUUUGAGGGAGAGAAGGAAUUUGAUCAGAAAAUCAGCUUGUGGGGAGUGAUAGAUGUAAGUAAAAGCACAGUGAACAUGAUGGCUGCCAAGAUCGAGAUAGCCAUGAAGAAGUCUGAGCCCAUGUCAUGGGCUCGUCUGGACCUUCCUCCCCCCGUUGCCCCCCCCAAGGAGAACGAGAAGAAAAAAGAGGAGACUGAUAGUGAGGAUGAAGAUGAAUGAUGAGGAAUUAAAAUUAAAACAUAGUGUUUAUUUUUAGCUGAAUCUAAGGCCACACAGUCCAUUUCUUACCUCUUUUAAAGAUUUGCCUCUUCUGCUGUCAUGGAACUUUGGCCUCUACUCUUCAACACUGCAGUGUUUCCCUUUUCACUCUUAGUUGUCGACUUUCUUGAUUUGGCCUGUUUUUCUCAAGUUUUGGCUCUUUUUUAUUGCUUAUCAUUAUAUUAUUGCUAAUCAUUAUAUAGGUUGGAAUGCUGAAGAAUCUUCAAGUAUAUUUUACACCCAUUUUUCACUCAAGUACUGAAUGAUAAUGGAGGGAACACUGACUUUUAAACUUUCAAUCAAGUCAGAUGAUGACACACUUGCACUGAAAUCCCCUGGGAAAUAACACUGCGCACAUAGGAGUCAGCUGUGACCAUGCUUGAUCUCGGACCCAUAAAGCCUUUCUUGUGAACUGCUCACAUCGUAAUGGACCACAGUUGUGACCAUUUUCUAUUUCACCAAUGUUUGGUAAAAGAUUCAUUCCAUCCUUUGGUGUCAUAAAUUGUAUAAAUUAUUGCAUUGUCCACAGGUAUCACGUCAGGCUAAAUGCUGUCUUCACAGAUAUGUUCCCUGGUCUGUGUGAUAAUGAAGCUGCUCUAUGUAGUUUGAGUAAGAAAUUUGGAACCUAAAAUGUCCACAUUUGCAUAAUAUGGAGUGUAUUCUGAAUAAACUGUUAGAAGAAAUACAAUAGUUUCUUGGGACUCUUA